AUGAGACGAGAAGUAGAAGAUGUUCCCGAGUUGAUGCAUCUUAUACAAUCACGGUUGACAUAUGAAGAAGCAGUCCGCACAAGUGUGCUGUCCAAGUCAUGGAUUCACGCUUGGUCUACCAUCCCUAUCCUCAUAUUCAUUGUUCAAAGAGGAAAGAACAUGAUGAAGUUGCAGGACGUGGACCACACUCUUAAAAGGUAUCUCCAUGACAACAUACCAAUAGAAAGGUUUUUCCUCCUAAUCGACAUCGAGAACCAGGAGUCAGCUUCUCUUGCUGAAAAAUGGAUCGGGCCCAUCGCAACCAAAACCUGUCUUAGAGAGUUUUUCCUCUCAAUCAAGCUUUUUGGUGCCUCGUUUACGUUACCAGAUGAGAUACUAUCGGGUCAGAAUCUUAACCUAACUAAGGUCAAAGUUGAAGCUUCUAUGGCAUCUCGUUAUUCCCUUUGGAUGACAACCAGCCAACGUCCUGUGAUCAACUGUGUUUCCCUACGAGAACUUCACUUAAAGGGUGUGAGCAUAGGUGAAGAGGUACUCCAUGACUUAUUGUCAUCUUGUACCUUGCUUGAGAAGAUAGCGCUUAUAGAUUCUUGCAAGGAGUUCAAGACUCUGAAGGUUAAAAACCUUCGUCAUCUUUAUGAAUUACGAAUAGCUUUGGAUGCUGCAAGCUCUACUGCUUUGGAACUCAGUGAUGUCCCAAAUCUUGACGUGUUCAGCUGCGAUCUACAUAAUUUGCGACCAAUUAUGCCCCUUAUUCCAUUCAACGCCCAUUCAGUAUUCUUAGCAAGCAGUCUGACAAUACAGGACUACGAGUGUCUGGACAUGAUCAGAACGGGACUUCCUUUCUUGAUAGUUUGA